AUGAUAUCUUCGCAGCCCUUGGCAAAUUAUCUUCAACUAUCAGAAUUGAAUAAGAGAAAAUUCCCCGAAAGUUUGUGGAAAUUUGCAUUUUAUUUGGUAUCAUGGGGCUAUUGUUAUUAUUUAGUUAUGGAAGCUGGCUACAACAUUGUAGAUGACCCCACUAAUUGCUUUAAAGAUUUCAAAAGAGGAAUGGAUGUUCCUACGGAUUUUAAGAUAUUAUAUCUUAUUCAAGGAUCUUUUUAUGUUCACUCAUUUUACGCUACCUUAUACAUGGACGAAAGAAGGAAAGAUACGUGGGUUAUGCUUAUACAUCAUGCAGUUGCUGAUUCGCUGCUUUUUUUUUCCUAUUCUGUUAGGAUGGUAUUUAGGCUGUACUUAUACCCUAUUAAAGUUUUAUAUACCGCUGGACAUUUAGCAGCUUACAUAAUCCCGGAUGGGCCGUUCUAUUACAGCCUAAACAGUUUGUUAUGGAUACUUUUCGCCAUGAAUAUAUAUUGGUUUGGGUUUAUAUCGACAUCAUUAAUCAAAAUUGCAUUUGGAUUGGAGAAAGAAAUCCGGGAUUCUCGAGAAGAUGAAGAAGAAGAAACAGUUGAUAGAAUAAUUACGAAAGAAACUCAUCAGGAAAUUAACAAGAGUAAAAUAUCUUUUCGAAAGCAGAAUUCUUUGAAUCAUACUGAAAAUAAUACAAGUGUCGAGCAACAAUUUCGCAAGUACGCAUGUACAAAAUUUUCCAAACUUGCUAGAUUUCGCACUAGUCAAAUAUAUCACUUAACCAUAGCAUCAUUUAUAGUCAAACUUUAA